AUGUCGGCAACCAGCAGUCCUGUGGACACAAGACUCCCCCACCGAUCCUCCACGAUGAGGAGUUCGAUCGGCCCCGAUCGUCGCGCUUCCAUGAGCGACGAUGAGGCGAUCCCGGACACCGACAGCAAUGAGACUACAAACCUCCUCCUCGAACGUCUCCGCGCCUGGAAGCACAUGUGUGGCAACUUGGAAGACUAUGUCAGUGUCACGGCUAAGGUGCAAAAGUCUCAGUCUAAGGACUAUGAGAAGGUCUUGAAGACCGUGAGCGAUCCCCUGCGGGAGGGCCACCAUUUCUCUCAAAGUGCUGGCGGAGUCUCCUCGAUGUUCCAUCAUGCCGACAUUGGAGCGCCUUCACAAGGAGAUCAAGAACAAGUCGAAGGAAUGAAGAGCGGCGCUUCGAAGAGCUCCAAGGCCGUCGAAAAGGCCCGCGGCGUUACCCAGAAGCACAUUGAACUUCUGGCGCAACAGGCCGCCUCUUUCGACGCAUCGUCUGGCAACAAGCUCGAACCGCAUCAUGACCCCUACAUUCUGCGCCGUGGUGUCACACACCGCCUCAACAAGCAGGUCAUUGAAGAGAACAACAACCGCCAAGACAUUAUCGCAGUGCAGAACAACUUCCAACAGUUUGAGGCGCACGUCCUCCAGACUCUCCAGUCUGCCCUGGAGCAGUUCGUGCUAUUCAUGAACGGCCAGCUGGAUCGUCAUCGUACCAUGUACUCGGACAUGCUGGCCUCUGCCCAGCGGGUUCCCCCGGACUUCGAAUGGGUCAACUUCAUCACCCAGAACCACGCUUCGCUCGUCGACCCUGACGCCCCGCCUCGGUCCCUGGCCAGCAUUAACUUCCCCAACCAGGACCACCGUGCCACGCAGGCGUUGGUCGAAGGAAAGCUUGAGCGCAAAUCGCGCGCGGUCAUCAAGGGCUAUAGCUCCGGGUACUACGUGGUCACGCCUGCGCGCUACCUCCACGAAUUCAAGGACAACGAUGACCUCCAGCGGGACCCCUCACCGGAGCUGUCGCUGUACCUCCCUGACUGCGUCGUUGGCGCCAUUGACGGAAAUAAGUUCACGGUGAAGGGCAAGGACGUAUCCAGCGGCAAAGUUGGAAACGCUUUCCACACCACCAGCGAGCUGAACUUUAAGGCCGUCAGCCCCAGCGAUGCUGAGCGCUGGUGGAACGCCAUCAAGGAUGCCAGCCGGGGCCCCGUGCACGCCAGCACCACUUCCGGCCCGUCGCAGCCGACCAGUCCUGCUGUGGCUACCGCUGCCGCCGAACCUCCUGCCUACUCUGAGAAGGCGGGCGAGGCCACGUCCCCUCAGACGCCUCAGGAACCCGCCAGCGCCACGAGUACCACCCACCCCGGUGUUAACCGCACCGACACAUCUGGUACUGCUGGUACUACUGGUACGGGCAGUCUGUAUUCGGCUUCGGUUGACACGCCUGCCACUAAUGCUGCUGCUACUGAUGCUCCCACGGGUGCUCCUACUACGAGCGCUCCUGCUACGGGUGAGAAGUCGUGA